AUGUGGCUUCUUACUUUUCGAGACGACAGCACCCUAACUGCUGCGCAAGUCCUCAGUGCCUCUAUCAUUCUCCUUGCAGGCUUCCUUUUGCGCUGCAUAAACCGAGGAUAUCAGAUCAGAAAGCGGUUCCAAGCUCUCAAAGCGCAGGGCAUUUGCACCAAAUGCCCACCUGUAGUCUACAUCGACACCUGGCCACUAGCAAACCCGUUGAUCGUCUCUCUCAACGCAGACGUCUCAUCCCAGUUCAUGCAGCAACAUUCCAUGCCCAGGUUCCGAGACGCAAAGGAUUUCUUUCACCCGCUGACCAAGAACCGCGACGUUGUCAGCAUGGGAGAGGCCGAGUGGAAGAUUUGGCGCAAGAGGCUUAAUGUUGGCUUUGGUGCUCAGUACAUCACCAGUCGCAUCCCAGACAUCGUGGAAGAAGUUGAACAAUUCGUCGAUGUAUUGAAGAGUAGGGCAGGAACGGGUGAGACAUGGGGACCGGUGUUUCUUCUGGAGCACGCCACGAGAAAUCUCACCUUGGACAUCAGCGUCCGUUUCUUCUUACGUCUAUCUGAACUACAGGCAGACAACACAAUUCCUAGAAAGACGCUCAUUGACCUAAUUGUUCAGGCGUUGGAGGAAGAGGCAGCCGAAGAGCAAGGAUCCAGCGGAGGGAAGCCCAAGGACCUCAUAGGGCUUGCGAAUGACUCACUCGAGGUGGUUGUUGGCCAACUCAACGUGUUUAUGCUUGCGGGGUUCGAAACAACUGGGAGUGCCAUCUCCUGGGUCUUUCGCUUAUUGUGUCAACAUCCCGCAGUCUUGGCCCAGUUGCGUCAAGAGCAUGAUGAAAUCUUGGGUACAGAUCCUUGGGGCGCUGCCGAUACAUUGAAGGAAAACCCACAGCUGGUCAACAUGCUGACAUACACACAUGCCGUCGUCCGCGAGUCGAUGCGAGUCUACACCAACGUUGGCACUGUACGUCAAGGCGAUCAUGCCUUCUUCCUUACGGGUCCCCCAGGCUCAGGUCCCGGUUUCGAAGGAAAGAAGCUCCCGACUGAUGACUUUGGUCUGUGGGACGGCGUGUCUGCUAUUCAUCGAGACCCCAAAAUAUGGCAUAGAGCCGACGAGUUUAUACCGGAGCGUUUUCUCGUCACAGACACCAAUGACCCCCUCUACCCGCCACCCAAUGCCUGGCGAGCGUUUGCUGCGGGCCCCAGGAACUGCGUCGGACAGCAUCUUGCUAUGGUUGAGAUAAAGUUGGUCAUGGCCAUGGUGGUGAGGUGCUUCGACAUUGACUGUAGGUGGGAUGAAUGGGAUCGAAGCAGGCAGACAGACCAUCCCACUGUUUGGGGCGAUCGUUAUUAUCAAGUUGGCAGAUAUGGACCACCACGAGUCAAGGAGGGCAUGCCGGUACAUGUGAGGGUGCGCUCCCAGAUCUAG